CUCGUACAGUCCCACCCCCGCCGUACAGCAGAGCCGAAACAACGGCACCACCUCGUCGCAACCCGCAUGACCCUCGGCUUUUUAAGCACUCCUCGAGAGUCCCCGGCGAAGAGGCCAGAGGGCGAGAUCGAUGGAUACGGGAGGCCGCUGCUGCGGCGGCGGCGGCGCCGCUGCCGGACUUGAAGAGGAAGCGGCGCAGAGGGAGCGGGAAUGGGAGGAGGCCGCGCAGGCGGUGGCGUACGAUUCCUGCACCUGGCCGCCGCCCAUCGUCGCGGUGUGCGGCCCGGGUAAAAGCGGCAAGUCCGCCUUCUCCCGCCUCCUGCUCAACACCCUCAUCGUAAGGUACAGAAAUGCUGGAUACCUGGAUAUUGAUGUUGGUCAGCCUGAAUUCACUCCAGGGUUUGUGUCACUUCAUGUACUUGAGGAACAGACUAAAGAUUUGACAAUUCUGUAUCUGCGCAAUCCAAAGAGGUGCUUCUUUUUGGGCUAUGUCUGUGCAAAAAGAAACCCGAAACUUCUCUUGACCUACAUAUUUGACCUUUAUGACUAUUUCCUGAAAGAGUUUUAUCGCUUUCAUGAGGUUGAUAAUCCCAUGAAAUCAGCUAUACCACUUGUUAUCAAUACUUCAGGAUGGAUAAAAGGUCCUGGGCUUCAUGUGCUACCGGAGAUGUUGAAAUAUGUGUCUCCAACUCAUGUUAUUCGGGUAUCUACCACGGUAGAGCGUAAAAAUUUACCAUGUGGAACGUUUUGGAUGAAUGAAUUUGAUGAAUCUCCACCAGUUAAUUUAUUUGAAAUUCAUGCAGCGCAUAAUUCUCCUCGCCAUUUGUUGGUAAAGAAAGAGGCAAGGAUUAUUCGUGAACUCAGGCUGAUCGCUUACUUCAGGCAGUGCUUACCAAGAGACUUCAAUGUCUUCUGUUUGAAUGAUUUAAUUCAAGGCUUUGCCUCUAUACAUCCGUUUCAACUUCGUCUGUCUAAAAUACAUGUUAUUGAUCUACACUGCCAGGUUUCUAGUACUGAUGCGCAUCGCUUCUUGAAUGGUACAAUUGUUGGUCUUUCAACCAGUGCAUCUCCUCCUUUAUCAAUUGAAAGUUCCACUCCUUGCUGCAUUGGACUGGGGUUUAUUAAAGAUGUAGAAAUUUCAGAAGACUGCAUUCAUUUUAUCACACCAGUUUCUCACAAGCUCGUGGAAAAGGUCGACAUCAUUUUUCAAAGCUGUAUUGCAGUUCCUAGUUGCCUCUUGCAGGUGUCUGGUAUUUUAAGCGACGUAACAGAGAGGCUGCUGAAGAUCUAGAUCUUUGGAUAUGCUUACAAAUAUAAUCAUUAGUUGUGGCAACGAACAAUCAAAAUAGAGAUGCCAGAAACUAGUACACCUGGCUUUACCUAUAUGGAAUAUGAGUUGCAUCAUGUAUUAGCUGGAUUCACCUGAAGAGUAAAGAGAUUUGAUGUUACAAUCAUACAGCACAAAAUGGUAUUUAAAAGUAUCCGCUUUUGCUGGUUAAUUAUGUUGAACCCUUUGUUGUACUGGUAUUCUGUCAUCAAAUGUAACAUGUUGAACAUCUUGGAUGGGAUUUCCUUCAUUCUUUCUGCAAGUUCUUCCUCUGAUGAGCUUAAGAUU